ACAGCAUUCGAAGCACGAUGACACCUCCAGCCUUUGCUUUGUACUUCACAUGCCUGUUUGUGGCGAAUACGGCUCAUGAGACAACUCUGAAACAAUCCCAACUUCAUUUCAAAUCCGCUGAUGUGGGGAAAAAUGUGACUUUGGAAUGCUUCUGUCAAGAUGCGACAUCAGUGAUGUAUUACUGGUACAAGCAAACUCUGGGAGCAAACCCAGAGCUAGUGUCUACAUUCUACAAGCAUAAUGCUAAAGCUACCUUUGAAGAUAGAUUUAAUAACUCUCAACGCUUCUCACUGGAUGCUGGAAAUGCUAAAAAUCAUUUGACGAUAUCCGAUUUGAGAAUUUCAGACUCGGCCAACUACUACUGUGUAAUGAGCGACUUAUAUGUCUUUAAAUUUUAUGAAGGCACUUUUGUUAGUGUACAGGGCUCAGGUUUGAAUAUCAAAGCUUUGGUUCAUCAGUCUAAGACCCUCCAACCAGGACACUCUGUGAGCUGUACAGUAUAUACUGGAACCUGCGAUGGAGAACACAGAGUUUACUGGUUCAAAACCUCUAAAGAUUCUCAUCCAGGACUCAUUUACACCCAUGGAGGCAGGAGUGAUCAGUGUCAGAGCAAAAACAACACACAAACGCACACCUGUGACUACAACCUGCCAAUAAAUAGCCUGAAUGUUUCUCAUGGGACCUACUACUGUGCCGUGGCCUCAUGUGGACGCAUUCUGUUCGGAAGUGGGACCAAGCUGGGCACUGAUCAUGAAGUGGAUACUUUUGUCUAUGUGUAUUUGUUGGGUGGAGCUUUGGCAUUCACCACCACCCUGAUUGUUUUACUGGCUUUCUCAAUCUACAAAAUGAGCAAAAGAAGCUGCCGGUGCUCAGACUCCGACACAACAAUUCCAGCAACCUCGACUCCAAAUCCAGAGUUCUGUCAAGAGGAAGAGAACCUCCAUUACGCUGCUGUAGGGGAACACAAGACCAGCAGACCAAGAGUAAAAAAUACAGACAGUGAAUGUGUGUACUCUGGUCCAGGAGAUCAGAAGAUGGUUGUGUGUCUUCUACGUUUUUCCAUGCUCUGGUUUGUGUGUAAAGCACAGCUUAGCGACAUCUCUCAGCCUUCUUUCCAAGCUGUGAAACUCGGAGACACAGUUACUAUCAGUUGUUUUAUGUCUAAAUUUGAGAGAACGAGAGUGUGGUACAAACUUACCACUGAAAGGAAACUGCAGUUCGUGGCCUCAAUAGAUGCAAUGUUUGAAGAUCAAAAAAUUAAAAAGCAAUUCCAACAUUUUUCAACUAACUUUAACCACACAAGCAGUCAUCUGAUCAUACCUAAGACUGUAAGGGAGGAUGCUGGCACGUACUACUGUGGAGUGUUACAUCCAGAAGAAACUAUGUUCGGACAAGGAACCUUUCUGAUGAUAAACGGUGCAAAGAUGAUCAGCGACUCUGUCGUCCAGAAGCCAGAAUCUUGUUCAGUCCAGUCAGGAGACUCUGUGGCUCUGACAUGUUCUGUGAAGUCUCGUCACUGUGCUACGGAACACAUUAGUGUCACGUGGCUGAAAAACUCUCAUCAUUCAGCUCCAGAAAUGACUUACUCCCCUGGACAUCAGGAGUGUCGGACUGAUUCUGGAGGAGCUACCUGUGUGUUCGACUUUCUCAUGAAGAAUCUCAGCUCUGAAGAUGCCGGACUCUACUACUGUGUUGUUACUUCAUGUGGACAAAUACAGCUUGGAAACGGGACCAGGGUUCAAGUGAACGGAGUUAAAGGAGACGCUGCCCUCAACAAAUCACUUGAUCUGAGCCCGGGCGUUAUUGCACUGAUCAUAUCAAACGUCAUCUUUGGUGUGGUGACACUCCUGCUUGUAUGGACACUCUGCAAGAACCGCAAGAAAGAACCUGAAGCCUCGUCCAGAUGCAGCAAUGAAACUGAAGAAAACAAUCAAGAUAGAGAUCCGGUUAUCUAUGCAGCAGUGACUUCAGUUGCCAGAAUCUCCUCCUGCCGACCAGCUCCAGUCAAAUGCAACGAAGACAUGGUGGUUUACUCCGAUGUUAAGUGCAGUCAGAGACAGACAGGCUUGUGAGGACAGGAACAACGGGACAUUGUGAUCAAGCAGACGUAUACGUGAACAUCACUUUCAAGACGGCUGAACAGGAGAGGAGCGACAUUCUUACUCACCGAGGCAUCAACGCGACCUUUUCAAGCAGUAAAAAUGGCAGCAAUCACUUAGUUGGCGUUUGCUUCCAGAGUUUAAAGCUGAAAAGUACACUUUUGUGGAUUUUUACUUUUGCAUUUUAUAUUUGUUCUGAAUUUUUCUUUUUUUUUUUCAAAAAUGACAGGAGUUAAACACAGUGUUGGAAAGAAUAACAAUUAUUUUGUAUAUUUGACUUUAAACAUUGUACUAAAUACUCGCUUUGUACAUUU